AGUCAACUCAUUACUUCUAAAAUUUGAAAUGCAAAUGUUAUUGCCACUUAAACAUUUUAAGUGUCGUACUGAGAAAUAUUUUGACGUGGAAACAGUAAACAAAUUUAACGUGUUGAUAAUGUACAAGUUUGUUUCAGCUGCGUUAUGACAAAAUAAUUACUGCCUAUUUGUCUCAAUAAGUUAUGAAGUAAGUUCCAUCAGUCAUUUUGCCCCAAAAACACUCUCCCAUAAUUACCGUCACAUCACUCUCGAAAGAUUCUCGCACCAACCAAAUGGCAUCUUCAGUUUAAACACCUACACCGGAUCUCGGAAAGAAAAGUGGCUCAUUAUCAAGCACAAAAUAGAACACCACUGAAAAAUAUCGUGCACCAAAACCUUCAACUGUUCUUCAGUUCAAGGUUUUUUGGAAAACAAUAACCGAAGUUUCGACAUAAUCAUCACCGAAAUCUACAGCAGCGACUAUUUUUUGACUUUUGGGCACAACUUCAAAGUCCCAGUGGUUGGAAUCAGUUAUCUACCUAUAACCCAUCACACCCAUCCUACGUACCCACCAAUGGUUUAGCCUUAUCAAAUCGGAUGGGCUUUUUGGAACGAGUGGAAAAUUUUUUGGUGGGGUUAUUCCACGAAUUGUAUUACGAUACCAUGAUUAUGGAAAAUGGAUACCAGCUAGAGGAUAUUUUGGGGGAAAUCUGCCAAGUUUGAAACAAAUUGGUUUCAAUGUUAGGUAGCUUUUGGUGAAUGGUCAUUUCGCUUUGGGUUUCUAGACCUUUAGUGCCUCAUGUGUUCGAAGUUGGUGGGUUGCAUAUUGAAAACAUAAACCUCAUAAGCAAGUUAGACGUCAAAGUUAACAGUUCCAUAAUGAAAACGUUGUUUUUGCGACUAAUUUUGGCAACAAGUUGCCUUUCAGCAGUAUAUUCAUACAAGUUAUUAGUUGUGAUACCAUCACGUUCUCCAAGUCACAGCAAACUUUUUCUACCUUUAACUCAAGCUUUGGCUGAAAAAGGACACCAAGUAACCGUCGUAGGCCACUUUUCUCUCCAGAAUCCUCCACCUAACUACAAUUACAUAUCACUGGACUGCCAAAAGCGAAACACACAGAAACCUCCUUUUUCUUCAGAUUUAAAGGACUAUCAAGGUACAGCAAUAGAAAGAUGGUCUGCCACUUACCUUCUGCACCAAAUGGGUCGAGUCACCUGCCAAGAAGACUUUGCAAGCCCAGGACUAAAACAUUUGAUUAACAGAAACGAAACUUUUGACUUAAUCAUCGCGCAGUACUUCUGUAGCGAUUGUUUUCUGAGUUUGGCGAAAAAAUUCAAAGCACCUGUAAUUGGAUUCUCGGUUUGUGUUUUGUUGGAGUGGAUUAGUGAGAUUUUCGCUAACCCCACCCAUCCGGGUUACAUUCCGAACGUCCAACUGCUACACUCGAAUAGGAUUCCGUUUUUGGGAAAAGUUGAAAAUUUGAUAUUAGGGUUUGUGCAACAAUUGUACUACAGUUAUGUGAUGACGAGAGAAGGGGAAGAUGUUGCGAGAGAAUAUUUUGGGGAAGAAGUGUCUUUUAGGGGUAUAUCUCUGGGAGCGAGUUUGCUACUAGGGGUUACUCAUUUUACGAUACAUCUACCAAGACCUUUAGUUCCUGCUAUUGUCGACAUUGGAACAACGCAUAUUACCAAAGUUAACAGGUUACCAGAUGUAAGUACUAUUACUUACUUGUAAUAAUCUUUUCUACAGUUUAAUGACCGACAAGGUGUAAUUUAUGUUAUAUAGACUAUGUUUUAUUGAUAAUUAAAUUUAAUUUAGUUAGCUUAAUUAUCAAAAUUUGUUAAUGAAAACUGCUUUAUGCUGUUGUCUGAUUUAUGGUUACUGAUUAUGGCGUCCUAUUUUUCGACUUUGUAGCGUUU